GGGCCACGCAAAUAAAUUCGGAUACUCUGUGUGUGAAAAUAAAUCUGGCGCUCUGUCCACGUGCUUUCUGCACUGAAAGUAAUGCGAGGGGAGUUUUCAGUAGUCAGUGAUGCUGUAUGAGCAAAAAAAAUAAUAAGGAGUUUUAUAAUACCUUCGUAAGGACAGGAAGAGCGGCGAAGCAGUUGCAUUGGAGACUCGCUCCCAGCCUGUGGAGCAUCCCAGUUCUCGCAGAUCUCGCGGGAUCUGCGCGCCGCAAUCCCACGGAGCGGAGGCUCCUCCGGCUUCACUCGCUUUCCCACGUCGGCAUCUCGGAGGAGGCAGCGCGCACCCACCGCUCACCCAACACCGAGUCGGUGUCACACGGGCUCCGGGGCGCCCGGUCCCGAGCACUGCAGCCCGCUGCUGGUCCGAGUGUCCGCCUCACGGUCUUCCUCCCGAGUCCUGGCGCUCCUCCGCUCCGCGUCUCCUUCUUCAUCUUCAUCUACUCUCCUCCUUGGCGAUGCCUGCGCUGGUGCAGCGGGCGCUCAUGCUGAUGCUGGUGGUGCUGAUGCUGAUACUGACCCUGAAGUCAGUGUCACCUCAGAGCGCUGGGUUUGUGAAGUCGCCUCUGUCAGAGACAAAGCUCACGGGGGACACCUUUGAGCUGUACUGCGACGUGGUCGGCAGCCCCACCCCCGAGAUCCAGUGGUGGUACGCCGAGGUCAACCGCGCCGACUCCUUCAAGCAGCUGUGGGACAGCGCACGGAAGCGCCGCGUGUCCAUCGACACGGCCUACGGCACCAAUGGCGUGAGCGUGCUGGCUGUCACGCGCCUCACGCAGGAGGACUCGGGAACCUACGAGUGCCGGGCGAGCAACGACCCUCGGCGCAACGACAUGCGCCAGAACCCUGCCCUCACCUGGAUCCGAGCGCAGGCCACCGUGACCGUGCUGCCCAAGCCAAAGAUCAACUCAUCGGAUGAUGUGGUGCUGCCCACGGACUCCCACGCUCAGCUCCAAAUGCUGCAGUGCAACCUGACCAACGCCCACGACACACACCGCGAGAGCUACUGGACCAAGAAUGGAGAGGAGAUCCCUGGCACUCGUGGAAGCCAGAAGAACACAGAGUACAGAAUCAACAAGCCCAGGUCUGAUGAUGCCGGAGAGUACAUGUGUGUGUACACUUUCAACAUGGCUCCCCCUGUCAAUGCCACCAUUGAAGUAAGAGCUGCUCCUGAUAUCACUGGUCACAAGCGGAGCGAGAACCAGAACGAGGGCCAGAGCGCUACGCUGUACUGCAAGUCCGUGGGCUACCCACACCCGACGUGGACCUGGCGGAAACUGGAGAGGGGAGUGUAUGUGGAUAUCGACAAUUCCUCUGGACGUUUCUUCAUCAACAGUAGAGACAACUACUCAGAGCUGAACAUUGUGAACCUGGACAUCAGCUCAGAUCCGGGCCAGUACCAGUGCAAUGCCACCAAUGUCAUCGGCAUGGCAUCAGAGUCUUCCAUCCUACGGGUGCGCAGCCACCUGGCACCUCUCUGGCCCUUCCUGGGUGUUCUGGCUGAGAUCAUCGUGCUGGUCAUCAUCAUUGUUGUGUAUGAAAAGCGGAAGAGGCCCGAAGAGGAGCUUGAGGAUGAUGAACCAGCUGGACCAAUGAAAACAAACUCCACCAACAACCACAAGGAGAAGAACCUCCGUCAGAGAAACACCAACUGAAGGCUUCACUGCACACUUCGACGAACGCACGUUCUUCCGGAACGAAGCCGUGUAGCCCCACCUCCACCCAGGCUAAAGCUC